GAGAGAGCAAUACCAGAGCCUCAUUUGAAGUGAAGAAAUGGAUGAGAAAAAGAGAGUGUCAACCGUAGCUGCUGCUUAUGUGCUGCUGCUGAUGUGGGUUAUGACCACACCGGUUUUCGGCUGCCCAUCGGACGGCAGCCAAUGUAGGAACUGCGUUCUUGAUAAGUUCAAGAACAGUUGCCCUCCAUGCGCACCGAUACUGCGCUGCAUGGCACGGUGCUUGUGGGGAGGCAAAUCUAGGUCCAAGUGCAUCAAGAAGUGUGACUGCAAUGGUGGAUACCCAACGCUCUCUGAUUGCAGGAAAUGUAUGGCAAAGUGCAAGUGCAGCUGUUCUGGAUAAAUGACUGCUCAUUUGGUACUAUUGUUUAACUAAUAUGUGGCUUUAUGUAUAAACUCUAAACUUCUAUUUUGUGUGCAUGUGUGAGAGGGGGGAUCUUUUGUAUGUCCAAUACCAUAUGUAUUGCAACAUGGUUAUAAAAGUUUGUACUACCUGGUUUGCAAGUGCCAAAUUAUGGUUUUAUUUCGUUCACUAUUCUAA